AUGCGCGAACAAACAACGCUCCAAUCCACCCAAACCGCUCGAAAGUCUACCGGUGGUAAGGCUCCCCGAAAGCAGCUCGCCACCAAGGCCGCCCGAAAGCAGGCCCCUUCUCAGGUAUCUGGUGGUGUCAAGAAGCCCCACAGGUACAGGCCCGGUACCGUCGCUCUCCGAGAGAUCCGACGAUACCAGAAGUCUACCGAGCUCCUCAUCAGGAAGCUCCCCUUCCAGCGACUCGUCAGGGAGAUUGCCCAGGACUUCAAGACUGACCUCCGAUUCCAGUCUUCUGCCAUCGGUGCUCUCCAGGAGGCCUCUGAGGCUUACCUUGUUUCCCUUUUCGAGGACACCAACUUGGCCGCCAUCCACGCCAAGCGAGUCACCAUCCAGCCCAAGGAUCUCCAGCUCGCCCGUCGUCUCCGUGGCGAGAGGUCUUAA